GAGCUAGGUGUGUAGCACCACAGAAUAUAGAGCUGAUCACCGCGUUCAGGCUCCGCCCCCGUCCGCCAAAAUCCGGGCGGGACGGCUCCCCGGCUGGGACCAGUCACUUCCUCCCUGGGACUUCUUCCUCCGGCUCGCGCGAACUGGGUGGUCGUCUCCCGCACAAACGGGUGGGCCCGCCCCCAGGGUCUAUUCAGGAGAAUAUAAUUGGACCCUGGGCUCACGCCCUGCCCGCUUUUGCCAAAAUCCCAGUGGGACGGCUCCCCAGCUGGGACACUGCUUUACCCGCUCCGAGACCAGUCACUUCCUCCCAGGGACUUCUCCCUCCGGUGGGCCGCACCACUCGCGUGAACUGGGUGGGCUUCCCCCCACACGAACGUGUGGGCCCCGCCCCGGGGUCGCUUUAGGGAAAUAUAGCUGACCCCCCCCCAGCUCGCGCCCCGCCUCCUUCCCGCCAAACUCCGGGCAGGAUUGCUCCCCGGCUGGGACGCUGCUCUCCCCACUCCAAGAUCAGUCACUGCCUCCCGGGUGCUUCUCCCUCCGGCUGCGCCGCUACGCCACCCGCGCCAACCAGCUAGACUCUCUCCCGGGAUGGGUUUGGGGGGGUAGGGCUGGGCCCCUUGUCUGUGCCGUCUGCCCCCCUGGGCUCUGCCCCAGAUCAGGCUCUGAAGGUCACCUGCCUGGUACGCUGGCUCCUAGUUCUGAAAACGGUUGCUGUCCGCCCGUAUUUGUUUGUUUUCCAUCUCUAAGUCUGUGCUUGUUGUUCAGAGUUCGUAGAUUGUUAUGUAUGUGAUCGAUUCACUUGUUUUUCCGAGUCUUUGUUGCAAGAGCGAUCCGCGGUAGCGUCCACCUAGUCUGCCAUCUUGGUCCCGCCCUCCCAGAGGUUUUGAUAGGAAGUGUUUUCAUUCUCGUUGCAUUCUAUGAAUUUCUUUAUUCCCUCCUUAAUGUCAUCUAUAACCCCGUCUUUUUUCAGCUGGGUAUUGUUCAGUUUCCAAGUAUUUGAUUUCUUUUCCCUAAUUUUCCUGUUACUGAUUUCCACUUUUAUGGCCUUUGGUCUAAGAAGACGCUUUGUAAUAUUUUGAUGUUUUGGAUUCUGCAAAGGUUUGUUUUAUGACCUAACAUGUGAUCUAUUCUAGAGAAUGUUCCAUGUGCAGCAGUUGGGUGGAGUGUUCUGUAUAAGUCUAUGAGGUCAAGUUGGUUGAUUGUAGCAAUUAGGUCUUCCGUGUCUCUAUUGAGCUUCUUACUGUAAGUCCUGUCUUCCUCCAACAGUGGUGUGCCGAAGUCUCCUACUGUAAUUGUGGAGGUGUCUAUCUCACUUUUCAGUUCCAUUAAAGUUUGUUUCAUGUAUCUUGCAGCCCUGUCAUUGGGUGCAUAAAUAUUUAAUAUGGUUAUAUCUUCCUGGUCAAUUGUCCCUUUAAUUAUUAUUGUUCUUCUUUAUCCUUUGUGGUGGAUUUAACUUUAAAGUCUAUUUUGUCAGAAAUUAAUAUUGCUACUCCUCUUCCUUUUUGCUUAUUGUUUCCUUGAUAUAUUUUUUUCCAUUCUUUGAGUUUUAGUUUGUUUGUGUCUCUAAGUCUAAGGUGUGUCUCUUGUAGGCAUUAUAUAGAUGGAUCGUGUUUCUUUAUCCAGUCUGAGACUCUCUGUCUCUUUACUGGUGCAUUUAGUCCAUUUACAUUCAGCGUAAUUAUAGAUAAAUAAGUUUUUAGUGCUGUCAUUUUGAUGCCUUUUCAUGUGUGUUGUUGGCCAUUUCAUUUUUCCACAUGCUUUUUUGUGCUGAGACAUUUUUCUCUGUAAAUUGUGUGUUCCUCAUUUUCAUAGUAUUUGACUUUAUGUUUGCUGAGUCGUUACGUUUUUCUUGGCUUUUAUUUUGAGUUAUGGAGUUGUUAUACCUCUUUGUGGUUACCUUAAUAUUUACCCCUAUUUUUCUAAGUAAAAACCUAACUCUUACAAUUAGUUUUAUGUCUUGUUAUAUCUUUUCAGAGAGGAAUUAUAUUUUGUUUUUGAUAUGCAGUUUGGGAAACCAAUAAUUUUCAAACACAUAAAUGCAAAUUUAGAGACUUAGAUGAUUCAAAGCUGAGUUGCUGGAUCUGGGAUUGACAAUCUACUAUUACCUCUAGGUUGUAGGGACCCAUUCAAUCUUAUUUACACCAAAUAAUAGCAAUUUUACCAUUAAGUUGUAAUUUUGAUCAAAAUGAUUGUUUAAUUUUGUUUUGUUAGUAUAGUAUGCACCAAUUUAUUUAUUUAAGGAAAGGGCUUAGUGUUUACAUAAUAUUAAAGUGAAAACGAAGCUUUUUUGUAAAAACAUUUUACAUUGUCUAUGUUAAGGAAAUUAAUUUCCAAUAAAAAUACAUUAUACAUAAUUUUUGUGUUAAUGAAUUUAUGGAAGAAAAAGUCUUUUAAUUUAUCCAAAGCUUUAAUCAGAAUUUCAGAUGGGGCAUUGGAUCAUAAAAGUUUAAUAAUGAUUUAUCUAGAAUAAUUUCAACUUCUAAACACCCCAGCUCCACUGCUCCAACCAUCUGAUAAGGGCUAAGGAAAAAUGAAAUAAUUUCAGGUUACAAAAAUGAGCUGUUUCAUUUGCAGUAAUGGUGAAUUAGCUUACUGCAGAUCAAUCCCCAAACUUAGAACAACUAGCAUGACAAAGUUGAAUUCAAACUAUUGUGGAGCUACCAAGACACUAAGUACUUGAGGAACAUAAGGGUUGAGAUAUACAAGUGUGGAUUUGGGAACAGUGAUCAGCCAGGUGUCCCUCCUUCAAUUUCUUGGUAUUAGGUAUAUCCCAGAAUCUUGAGAUAAUCACAGAGAUAGAGGAUAGUCCCAAGGAUGAUCAAUAAUAAAUUUCCCAUCAGUCCAGUGGUAAUAGGAAAUGAUAAUCAUAGAUAAGAAAGAAAUGCUACAUGUCUUGUACAUUUGAGUCUAUAUACUGAUAAUAUACACAUUUGUGAGAUUUAAUAUGUGAGUCUAAAUAUCUUCUAGGAGUAGUGCUUGCCACCAACUCUUGAUUUAAGUAUCUUUAUAUAAAUUAAUAAACAACAGAAUCGAAAUGAAUUUACUUAGUCCAAUUACUAAUUUUCCUAAGAACAAUCUAAUGAAGUUUUCUUGGAAAGGAAUUUGAGAUGAUUUCAAUUUACUGAUUCAUCUCUCAUGUCUCCUUUAAAAGUGAUCAAGCCAAAAUAGAAAAAAAAAAAUCACUUUGAUUCUUUCCAACAGCAUGUGAUUUAUAUUUUCAUUGUGUAUUCGAGUUAUGUCGAAUCGCGUUUGUGAUCGUCCUUUUUUUUGUACAUCUUAUCCUUAAUAAUAUGAACUACAAUGUUGCAGCAAGUAAUUUGCUGAUGUUAUCAUUCUGAGAUGUAAUGUUUCCAUCCCCUAAAGACAAAUAAAGAUCGGAUUUAUGAAGACACUUAGAAUAAAAGGCAAUAAUAAUGAAAACUAAAAAAAAAAAAGAAAAAUGAGGCCUUCAACUUAGGCCAGUACCAAUUUACGACAGAGUAGUUGUUGGAACAGACCCUGUUGUAAGUCGAGGUCUGCCUGUAUUCUAGACUACUCGCUUGAGAAUGUGGUGAUUUUUAUGAUGUUACAAGACAGAAAGCGUCACAUUUUGGAAUGUGUAUCUUAAGAAGAAUCCCCAAGCAUGGAAUUCAGGAAGUCUGCUUCUGAUACACCACUUCAGGUUUCCCCUUUCAUAAUUAGAAAGAUUAUGAAAUAUUAUUAACUUCUACUCAAAAUUGGCCUUGAUGCGACCAUCUUUGCAAACAGAUUUCAGAAUCUUCCUUUUUGAAAUCGCAUUCCUGGACAAUGUCCAUGGGUUUUUAUGUUAUUUAGUUGCUAAGCCAUACUCAUUCAAUGAGACUUUGGCUCACCUGCUAGGACACUGUUAAAUACAUGGAUUAAACCUUACAUAAAAUCCAGUAAAAAGGUUGGCUAGAAAACACUUCAUUUAAUUAAGGUCUACAAAUGGAUAUCUUUUAGGGCAUAUGAAAUCUUCUAUUUUGCAUGGCAGAAUGAAUAGGAAUCAGAAAUUUUAUUUUAGGAACUGAACAAAUGAUGUCAAUAUUAUUGCCACAGUUCUCAUUAAUAGUUUUAAGUGUGUUUCUCAAUUUCCUAUUUUGGAUUUCUGCUCGUCUUUAAAUCACUGGAAUCUUUAGUCCAAACCACGACUUCUUCUUUCGAGGUAUACUAUAUAUAGGAAGUCUAUGAGCCUUAUCAGAGUGUGUAGCAGUGUGUCUCUGAGCUCUGCCCUCUUUGGAUUAAGUGGUAUCUCUGUGUAACAUCAUCAGGUAGUGAGAAUAAAGAGGCUCCAGAACCUUUUGAACACAGGGAGCCCACAUAAUGGUGAGAGAAAGGCAACCUCACGAUAGAGCUUCUUGGGGACUCUGGCUUCCUGGCCCUUGGAUAAACUGCACUUGUUUUGCUGAUCUGACAGAGAAAGGAGUUUGGCAGUCCCAAGUGAGAUGUUGGUCUGUUGCUGCAAUUUCUAUCACACUACUCAGUGCCUGUUUCAUUGUGAGCUGUGUGGACAAAGUCUGGGGAUGUUGCCCAAGUACUUGGAUGACAUUUGAUUCCAGCUGCUACUUCAUUUCUACUGAAACAAAUUCCUGGACUAAGAGAGAGCAGAACUGCGUUGGGAUGGGAGGUCAUUUGGUGGUGAUCAACACGGAAGUGGAGCAGAAUUUCAUUGUUCAGCAGCUGAAUGAGUCACUUCCUUAUUUUCUUGGACUCUCAGAUCCACAGGGGAAGAACAAUUGGCAAUGGAUUGACCAGACACCUUACAAGGAAAAUCUCGGAUUCUGGCACAAAAAGGAGCCCAACUUUUCUGGAGAGCAAUGUGUUGUAACAGUUUUCUGGACACCUGGGAAAUGGGGCUGGAAUGGUUUCUGUGAUUUAAAAAUGAAUUCAAUAUGUGAGAUGAAGAAGAUUUACCUGUGAGUGGAACUUUAUUCAUGGACGUGCUUAAAAUUGAUAUCUAUCAUAAAAUGAUCAUUUUCUCUUGGAAUCUAUGUAUGAUCCUUGUAUCAUAGAUGUUGAUGGAAGCAUUCAGAUGAUUCUGUCCCUGUAACCACCCUUCAUCUAGUUUCCUCUUUUCCACUAAUGAUAGGAUGAGCUCCUCUUCCCUCUGUUCUUUUCUUUCCCUUGUUCUUCAUUAUUUUCUUUUCUUUCUCUAUACUUCCUUCCACAAACAUUCCUUGUACUAGAGACUGUACUAUUACAUCAGUUAGAAAACUUAUAAGGAAGUCUCUUUUGAAAACUGACCUUCCUCCUUCAAAAUACCAUAGAGAAGUUGGUCAGUUAAGAUGAUGACAAUGGUUGCAGUCAUCCGAAGGCUUGACAAGAGCUGACGGAUUUACUUUCUAGAUGAUUCACUCACAUGUUCACAAGUUGGUGCUGGCUAUUGGUAGGAGGUCUCAGUCCCUCACCACAUAAAACUCUCUGUAGGCCUACUUGAGUGCUCUCACAACAUGGUGGCUGGCUUCCACCAGAGCAAGUGAUCCAAGAGAGCAAGGUAAAAGCAGCAAUAUCCUUUUUGAUCUAGUGUCAGAAGUUACACACCAUAACUUGACCACUUUCCAUGGAUCACAUGGACCAAACCUGACAUAAUAAAGAUUACAUGAGAGAUGUAGAUGUAGAUGAAUACCAGAAGGUGAGAAUCAUGGAGAACCAUCUUGGAAGCUGACUACAACAGCAAGGUUUCUCUAAAAAGACACAAAAAUAUGUACCAAGAAGGAAAAUAAUGAAAAAUUCUUCUACACUAAAAUCAGGGACCUCUGUUCAUUAAGACAGUAUAAAAAAUGAAAAAAAAUUGGUAGAAGAUAUAUUAAACACCUAUAACAAAUAAUAGUAGCAUCAAGACUAUUUAAACAACUCUCAUAACCAAUUAGAAAAAGAUAAAAAUGGGUAAAUAAUUGAAUAAGCACUUCACAGAAAAGGAAAUACGUAUAUCUAACAAACUUAUUUUUAUAGAGAUGCUCACCUUCACCCAUAAUUUGAGAACUACAAAUCAAAACUACAGCAAUAUACCAUUUUAUAUCCAAGACGAAAAAUUAAUAAGACAAUACCAAGAGUUGGAAGAGACGUAGAUGAAUAGGCUCUCUUAUAUGUCUCUCAUUUGAGUUUAAAUUGGCACAACCUCUUUGGAAAAUAAUUUGAAUUAUGUUGUAAAGUUAAAUAUUCAUAUACUAUGAUCCAUAUGUAUUAGUCUUGUUCUCAUCAGGUAACAUAUGGCACACUCAAAUUAAGAUAAUUCAAGGACAAUUUAAUAGACUAUUUACAAAGGUGACGUCAGAAGAUAAGAAAACCACAAAGAAUAGUGUAGUACCCUGGGGCUAGUAACAGUGAGAUUUUGUCACCCCUGAUGAAGUUAGCAGAAUACAGAGAGAGAGAGUGGUGUGGAGAGGUCCACAAUGAGAGGAGCUGUGACAUCUGGUGAAGGGACAUAGCCAGUGGUAACCCUGAAUAAGAGAGUCAUAAAAAUGUAAUACCUGACCUCACCCUUCUUUCUUCUCCCCGACAUGUGCCCCAUCUCCCUUCAGGUCUCCUUGUUGCUGAAACCCAACCAAAAGUCAGAGGCAAAGAAGCUGUCUGGGUCAUAGAGCUGGGUGGAGAAGUGUGGAGAUUGAAUAUGAAGGCACAAUUGGAAGUUAUCUAGCACAACAUUCAUAUACAUUGCACAUGUAUUUCAGGAAAUGUGAACAAUACUAUUAACUGUUUGUAGUAGAAAAAACUUAGCUGAAAUGUCUGAUAAGAAUAUUUAAGUACUCUGAGGUAUGUUUCCUCAGUUCGUUAUUAUAUGACAUUCAAAAUGAAUAAACUAUAAUGAACGAUAACUACACUCAACAGCAUGGAUGAAGAUUGGUAACGUAAAUGUUGGUGGAAAAAACAAGUCCUAGAAGAUUACAUACACUGCGAUGCUCUAUUUUAAAAACUAUAAAAUUCUAGACUUAAUACAAGUACUUUGUUACUAAAAAUGAGACAUUCUGCACAAAUAUCAACUGGGAAGCUAUUUCCCAUUGUUUUAAAUGGGAAAUUUAUAAGGCACACCCACUAACCCGAAAUUUCCAACUACAUUCCUAAAAUGUAAAAAAUAAACAAAAUUUCUGUUGAGUAAAUUUUUUAUGUUAAAGUCUAAAAGGUUUACACAUUUCUUCAAGAUUAGUGAAUAAUUAAUAUGGUUUUGGGCAGUUUUUGUGCUUGUGUGUAUGUGCAGUAACAUGGAUUCUGAAACUCUAUUGACACUGUCUGAUCUUUUAAAAAAUCUGUAUGUGAUCCUUACCAUCUGUCAACUAUAUUUGGAUAUAGCACACAACAUUUUUGGAAUAUAAUUUUAAAACAAAUAUUGAAUUGGGUUUUUGGAACAUAAAUAUACUUUUUUUUUCUAUAUAAACAUCUUCCAACAAAUGCUGUAAUAAGAGAUUUAAGUUCUAUGAUGGAAGGCAUAUACCAAGUCACUAUACCAGAAAGAACUAGUCAAUGUUCAACCAUUUCAAUAGGUAGAAUAUCAUCAAGUAUCAAUGGUAUUGAAGGAAGAAAUCCAAGCUGCACUCCGGGAAUUGUUGAAAUACCAACUGAGAUGUUCCGACAAAGGGAAGCAGCAUUGGAGGUGCUCACCCAUCUGUGCCCAGAAAUUUAUGCACCAACCACUAAUUUACACACCAACGCACCAGUUUACGCACCAACUGCUAAAGCCAAGCAUGAGGAAAUUGAAGAUUUUUACCAACUUCUGCAGUCUGAAAUUGAUGUCUUUGAUGAUGACCUGAUGACUCUAACGAUGUGGGUGCAGUAAAGCUUUUGGGACCUUCAUUUGCUGAGGUGGCAUGACUCAAAAUGAGAAGAAAGAGGUGCAAGCACCCAUUAAUUGCUGGAACUUGGAACAUACACCAUAUGAAUCUAGGAAAAUUGGAAGUAGUCAAAAAUGAAAUGGGACUCAUUGAUAUCCUAGGCAUUAGAGAGCUGAAAUGGACUGGUAUUGGCCAAGGUGAAUCAGACAAUUAUAUGAUCUACUAUGCUGGGAAUGACAAAUUGAAGUGGAAUGGUGUCCAUUCAUAGUCAAAAAGAACAUUUCAAAAUCUGUCCUGAAAUACAAUGCUGUUAAUAAUAGGAUAAUAUCUAUACACUUACAAGCAAGACCAGUUAAUAUGAUUAUUAUUCAAAUUUAUUCACCAAUCAUUAAUCCCAAAGAUGAGGAAAUUGAAGAUUUUUAUCAACUUCUGCAGUCUGAAAUUGAUCAAACAUGCAAUCAAGAUACAUUGAUAAUUACUGGUGAUUGGAAUGUGAAACUUGGAAACAAAGAAGGAUAGGUAGUAAGAAAAUAUGGCUUUGGUGGUAGAUUGUAUGACAGAAUUUUGCAAGACUAACGAAGACUACUGAAGACUAAUGGUUUCUUUAUUGCAAAUACCUUUUUUAAAACAACCUCACCAGAUGGGAAACACAGAAAGCAAAUUGACUGCAUUUGUGGAAAGAGAACAUGGAAAAGCUCAAUAUCAUCGUCAGAACAAGGCCAGAGGCCGACUGCAGAACAGACCAUCAAUUAUCAUAUGCAAGUUUGAGUUGAAGCCGAAGAAAAUUAAAAACAAGUCCAUGAGAGUCAAAAUACAACCUUGAGUAUCUCACCUGAAUUUGGGGACUAUUUGAAGAAUAAAUUUGACACAUUGAAUACUAAUGACAGAAGGCCAGGGGAGUUGUGUGAUGACAUUAAGGACAUUGUGAAGAAAGCAAAGGUCGUUAAAAAGACAGGAAAGAAAAGAAAGACCAAAAUGGACUUGGGUCUGAAAGUUGCUCUUGGAUGCCAGGUAGCUAAAGCAAAAGGAAGAAGAGAAGUAAAAAACUGAACAGAAGAUUUCAAAGGGCAGCUCGAGAAGGCAAGGAAAAAUAUAAUGAAAUGUGCAAAGACCUGAUGAUAGAGAACCAAAAAGGAAGAACAUGCUCAGUAUUUCUCCAGCUGAAAGAACUGAAGAAAAAAUCCAAGCCUCGGGUUGCAAUUUUGAAGGAUUCCAUGGGCAAAAUAUUGUACCACACAGGAAGCAUCAAAAGAAGAUGGAAGGAAUACAUAGAGUCACCAUACCAAAAAGAAUUAGCAACAUUCAACCAUUUCAGGAGGUAGCAUGUGAUCAAGAACUAUUGUCAUUGAAGGAAGAAAUCCAAGCAAAACGGAAGGCACUGGUGAAAAACAAGGUUCCAGGAAUUCAUGGAAUACUAAUUGAGAUGUUCAACAAACAGAUGUAGCGCUGGAAGUCGUCACUCAUCUAUGCCAGGAAAUUUGGGAGAGAGCUACCCGACCAAUCAAUGGAAGAGAUCCAUAUUUGUGCCCAUUCCAAAGAAAAGUGAUCCAACAGAAUGCGGAAAUUAUCAAACAAUAUCAUUAAUAUCACACAGAUCAUACAAAAGCAGUUGCAACAGUACGUUGACAGGGAACUGCUAGAAAUUAAAGCUGGAUCCAGAAGACAUGAAACAAAGGAUAUCAUUGCUGAUGGAUGGAUAUCAUCAUUGACAGAUUGUGGCUGAAAGCAGAGAAUACCAGAAAGAUGUAUAUCUGUGUUUUAUUGACUAUGCAAAGGCAUUCAACUGUGUAGAUCAUAACAAAUUAUGGAUAAUAUUGAGAAGAACGGGAAUUCCAGAACAAUUAAUUGUGCUCCUGAGGAACCUGUACAUAGUCCUAGAGGCAGUCUUUUGAACAGAGCAAGGGGAUACUGCAUGGUUUAACAUCAAGAAAGGUGUGCAUCAGGGUUGUACCCUCCCACCAUACUUAUUCAGUCUGUAUGCUGAGCAAAUAAAAAUAGGAACUGGACUAUAUGAAGAAGAAUGUGGUGUCAGGAUUUAUGGAAGACAUUAACAUCUGUGAUAUGCAAAUGACACAACUUUGCUUGCUGACAGUGAAGAGGACUUGAAGCACUUACUGACGAAGAUCAAAGACUACAGCCUUCAGUAUGGAUUACACCUCAACACAAAGAAAACAAAAAUCCUCACAACUGGACCAAUAAGCAACAUCAUGAUAAAUGGAGAAAAGACUGACAUUGUUGAGGAUUUCAUUUUACUUGAAUUCCCAAUCAACACCCAUGGAAGCAGCAGUCAGGAAAUCAAAGGACAUAUUGCACUGGGCAAAUCUGCUGCAAAAGACCUCUUUAAAGUGUUAAAAAGCAAAGAUGCCACUUUGAGGACUAAGGUGUACCUGACCCAAGUCAUGAUAUUUUCAAUUGUCUCAUAUGCAUGCAAAAGCUUAUCAACGAAUAAGGGAGGCCGAAGAAGAAUUGAUGCCUUUAAAUUAUGGUGUUGGUGAAGAAUUACUGAAUAUACCAUGGGUUGUCAGAAGAACGAACAAGUCUGUCUUGGAAGAAAUACAGCCAAAGUGCUCCUUGGAAGCAAGGAUGGCAAGACUUUGUCUCAUGUACUUUGGACAUGUUACCAGGAGGGACCAGUCCCUGGAGAAAGACAUCAUGCUUUUUUGUAUGGAGUGCAUUGUGUUCCUCCAAAAUAUCAAAAUAUGUGUCAACUUGGUUGGGCCAUGAUUUCCAGUAUUGUGUGGUUGUCCUCCAUUUCGUGAUUGAUGUAAUUUUUCUACAUGUUGUAAACCCUAAUCUCUGUCUGUGAUUAACGAGGCAAGAUUAGAGAGUUAGGAAUUGGAUGUAACACCCUUACUCAGGUCACAUCCCUGAUUCAAUGCAAAAAGAGUUUUCCUGGGGUGUGGCCUGCAUCAUCUUUUAUCUUGAUAAAAGGCAAGAGAAGUGAGCAGAGAGUAGGUUAACCUAUACCACCAAGAAAGCAGUGCCGGAAGCAGAGCACCUCCUUUGGGCCUGAGGUUCCUGCGAGGAGAAGCUUCUAGACCAAAGGAAGAUUGAUAACAAGGAACCUCCUCCAGAACCAACUUCUAGCCUCCCGGACUGUGAGAGAAUAAAUUUCUCUUUGCUAAAGGCAUUCACUUGUGGAAUUUUUGAUACUAAGCACUAGAUACUAAGACACUUGGUAAAGUAGGGGAUCAGUGAAAAAGAGGGAAACCCUCAAUGAGAAGAAUUGACACAGUGGCUGCAACAAUGGGCUCAAACAUCACAAUUGUGAGGAUGGUGCAGGACCAGUGUUUCAUUCGGUUGCAGGUAGGGUCGCUAUGAGUUGGAACUGACUCCAUGGUACCUAACAACAAUGACAACAACAACAACAAAAGCAACAACACCUGAUAUCCUGCUGUCUCCAGUUCUGAUUUGGUACCAAAACUGAUUUUGCUCUUAUUUUACACUAAUUUGUCACUCUGCCCAUGAUUGUAUGUUGUUGAUGUUUAUUUUAUUUUCACUUUUGCCUCCGUUUCGUUUGGGGUUUUGCACCUCUUCUCUCAGCACUGUCUGUUAAAAGGAUACCACUCCACUGUAAUAUCUAAUCAGAUAAAAAGAAAAAAAAAUCCAACUCAUAGCAACCCUACAGGACCCAGUAGAACUGCCCCAUAGUGUUUCCAAGGAGUGGCUGGUGAUUUUGAACUGCAGAUCUUUUCUUUAGCUGCCAAGCUCUUAAACACUUUGCUGUCUGGGGUUGGAGAGGGAUAUUGAACAGUGGUAGUGGAGGGAUGGGAGUGGAGCAUAGAGCUGCCAAAAGUCCAAUCUAGAGGACAAAUCAGGAGCAUAAAGUAUAGGUAAGCAAAGAGCAAAACAGGACUGUGAGCUGGUUAACUACCUACACAAUUUGAAAGGAAGUCUUUGCUCUUUUGUCUGGACCUUAAAUUUUUCUCAACUCUUUAUUUUGUUGUGUCCUGCAUGACCAAGGGGAAAUGUAAACUGAUAGUUAUGUUUCAGAACAUCACCCCCACCCCAAUGAGCUGUUGGAUCUCCUUUAACCCCAGAGGAAUUUUUAUUAUUUCUAGCUUGUUCAUAAGUUUUUGUUUUAACAGUAACUAAAUAUCCUCCAUUUGAAAAGCUGUAUUCAGAAAAAAAAAAAAAAAGUCCCAUAUCUCUUUAAGGUUUUGUAUAUUUGAGACUACUCACCUGAGAAUGUGCCGCAAUCAAUGAUUUGGGAUAAAACAAAGGGCCCAUAAGUUAGAGAUUCUCGCCAAGCUACUGACACUGAAGACACGGAACCUGCUUCAGACAGCCAAUUCUUUUUUUGAUAAUUACACUCUUAUUUUGCCAAGGACGUCAUGACAUCUUUUUCCAACAUGAGCUUCACCUUGGCCUUGACUCAUGAAGACUAGUAACAACCUUCUCAGAUAGUUUCAAGAACUCUGUUUCUGCAAGCAUACCACACACAGUAAAAUAUUAAUGGAUCCUAUUGUUACUUUAUUAUCUCUUCCCUUAAACUCUAA